AUGCCCAGCGCCCUGCGCACCUUCACCCUCAACUUCGUCGGCGACGUCAUGCUCGGCCGCCUCGUCGACCAACUCUGGCCGCAGCACGUCGACAACGCCCACGAACACCGCGUCGUCUCCUGGUUCCUCGAGCGCUAUCCUCACCUGGCCAAAUACUCCCACCGCGACCCCUGGGGCUCAGCCCUCCCGCUCUUCCACACCGCAGACCUCAACCUCAUCAACCUCGAAACCUCCGCGACAACGACCAACGACCCCUGGCCCAACAAGACCUUCAACUACCGCAUGCACCCGGCCAACCUCGCCGCUCUCCGCGAGGCCCACAUCGACUACGCCGGCCUCGCAAACAACCACACCCUCGACUUCGGCACAGACGGCCUCGUCGAGACCAUCUGGUCCGUCAAGGAGAACCACAUCGCAUUCGCCGGCGCCGGCGAAAGCACAGACGAGAGCCGCCGCCCAGCCGUCCUGCAUCUCCCGCGUCCAGCCCCGUAUCCCGCACCUACUGUCCCCCAUCACCAGCACCAUCACCAAACCACUCGCACCAGCACCAGCACCCCAUCAUACAAAAUCCACAUCUACGCCGCCUCAGACCACCCCCGCGACUGGGCCGUCGUCCCAACCUUCCACCUAAUCGACUACUCCCCACGCACAAAGGACCAUCUCCGCACCCUCCUCACCCAACCCCAGCCGGCCAGCGACCCCCCCGCCCUCAAGAUCUUCUCCAUCCACUGGGGCCCGAACUACCGGUGGCAGCCGGACGAGCGCAUCCGGGCGCUGGCGCACUUCCUCAUCGACGAGUGCGGCGUGGACAUCGUGCACGGGCACUCGUCGCACCACGUGCAGGGCGUCGAGCGGUACGCGCGCAAGUUGAUCAUCUACGGGUGCGGCGACUUCGUGGACGAUUAUGCGCUGCGGGAGGAGUUUCGGAAUGAUCUGGGAGCGGUGUGGAGGGUUUGCGUGAGAGAGGAGGUGGAGGUGGAGGCGGAUUCCGGGGUGGUAGGGGAGGAGGAAGGAGUGAAGCCUGGGUUGGUGUUGGAUCGGUUGGAGAUCUUUCCGACGCGGUGUGAUCGGUUUCAGGCUACGUUGUUGGAUCCGGAUGAUGAGGACCAUCGGUGGGUGAAGAGGAAGAUUACGCAGCUGAGUGAGGAUCUGGGGACAAGUGUGCGGAGAGAGUUGGGGACGGAGAAUCAGAUUGUGGUGGACUUGAGGGAUUGA